AUAGCAAACCAGAGCAUAGCAUAGCAGACCAGAGCAUAGCAGAGCAGACCAGAGCAUAGCAGAGCAGACCAGAGCAUAGCAUAGCAGACCAGAGCAUAGCAGACCAGAGCACAACAUAGCAUAGCAGACCAGAGCAUAGCAUAGCAGAACAGAGCAUAGCAGAGAAGACCAGAGCAUAGCAUAGCAGACCAGAGCAUAGCAGAGCACACCAGAGCAUAGCGUAGCAUAGCAUAGCAUAGCAUAGCAGAACAUACCACAGCAAGGCAGAGAAGAGCAUAGCAGACCAGAGCACAGCGUAGCAUAGCAUAGCAUAGCAUAGCAGAACAGCAUAGCGAGGCAGAGAAGAGCAUAGCAGACCAGAGCAUAGCAUAACGUAGCGUAGCAUAGCAUAGCAUAGCAGAACAUACCACAGCAAGGCAGAUAAGAGCAUAGGAGACCAGAGCAUAGCGUAGCAUAGCAUAUCAAGGGCGGGCCAAGCAUAGCAAGGCAGAGCAUAGCAUAGGAGAUCAGAGCAUAGCGUAGCAUAGCAUAGGAUAUCAAGGGCGGGCCGAGCAUAGCAUAGGAGAUCAGAGCAUAGCGUAGCAUAGCAUAUGAAGGGCGGGCCGAGCAUAGCAUAUCACAUAAUUUAUCCAGUCCAUUUGAAAACUCCCAGAAAUUGAAAAUGUAUGAAAUAAUGAAAAUAAAUUAGUUUUUCGCUCGGUAAUGAAAAAAAAAAUGGAUGAAUAUAUGAAUGACUAAAUAGAUUAAUGUAUAAAGUGUCCUUGUAAUGAAUAAAUAUAUAUUUUUUAUAUAUAUAUAAGUUAAUAAAAUGAUUAGCGAUUCUAACAAUGUAAAAAAAUAUUCAAAUAAAAAUAAAAUAAGUGGAUGGAUAUAGGAAAAUAGAAAUGAGAAAUAAGGAACCGUAGAUUUGAAAAAAAAAAAAAAAAAUAGAAGCUGCAAUGGGGGAAAAAUAUGAUAAAAAAAAAUAGAAAAUAGAAAAAUAAUGAAUGAAUCGAUGGAAUAAGAUAAGAAAAUAAUAAUAACUGAUAAAACGAUGGAAAAAUAUGAGAGAUAGGAAAAUAAUGAAUUAACGAAUAAAAAACGUGUGUGUGUGUGUGUGUGUGUGUGUGUGUGUGUGUGUGUGUGUGUGUGUAUACGCGCGUCUGUCUGCCUGUCUGUCUCUACUAACGGUGCUUGCGAAACCAAAGAACAAAAUAAAAAUAAAUAAAUAAAUAAAUAAAUAUGAUAAUAAAUAAAUAAAUAAAUAAAUAAAUAAAUAAAUAAGGAGAUAGAAAUUAUAAGGAUAAAAAAAUAUAUUAAUAGUGAUAAAAUUACUAUAGCUAUAAAAUUACAUAGCGUGUACUAAAUCUAGACAAAUAUUAUAUGCAUAGAUGCAUGAAAAAUGUAUUACUUAUUUAUUUAAUACAAAAAAAUACAAGAAAUUCAUAAGAAAUAUAGAAAAAAAUAUAUGAGAGAGAGAGAGAGAGAGAGAGAGAGAGAGAGAGAGAGAGAGAGAGAGAGAGAGAGAGAGAGAGAGAGAGAGUAGGUUUGGAAUGAUAGGCUUUGAAUGAUGAAGUGUUUGGGAAGGUGUGGAAGAUGUGGGAGGUUUGGAAAGAUAUAUAACAGGUUUGGAAUUGAAAGAAAUAGGAAAUAUGUGUAAAAAUCAACAUAUAUGGAAUUAUAAGGUGUAAAACAGAUGUGGAGACGUAAAAAUACAGCAGGUUUGGGGUGGAAAGAUUUGUAACAGGUUUGGAAUUGAAAGAUAGAUGAAAAACGACUGUAAAACAAACAUAUAUGAAAAAGCAAAGUAUAAAACAGGUUUGCAAUGAUGACAAACAGCAGAUGUGUAGUGAAAACCUUAAUUAAACAGGUGUGUAGUGCGAAUCCAGGUGUAGGGCAGGUUUGGAAUGCAUUUUUUCCGGUAAACUUAAUAUAUUUUUUGACCUUUUUUGAAUUUCCAUACGUGAACACACACACACACACACACACACACACACACACGCACACACGUACAUACA